AUGAGUCACGACAUGUCUGAUGACAUAGACGAUGAGUCUGGAGGAAAGGGAAGACGCUCAUUCGAUUUUCGCAAGUCUAUCGAUGAGCUCAGCUAUAGUUUGCCAUACUUUGGUUCUUAUCGAGCGCAUAAACAGACCGAUGAUCUCGAGCGCCGAAUAAGUUCUGCUCUAACGGAAAUUGAGGGAAAUGAAAAGAGCAUCGCUUUAGCUGUUGGAAAAAUACGGGCAGAAGCAUUGAAAAACGACGAGUCUCUAUUACUUCAGGCAAGAAGUAAUUCCAUUGAGCUGAUGGAUGCCCUUGAGGAUCAUCGUCAACGCUACAAAAAACUUUCAAACUUUGUGAGAUGUAUCUUGACAAAAAGUCAGCCAUGCGCUGAUAUAGACUAUCACUCGCAAGGUUAUUUGAAGGCGCUCUGUCGAGGUAGCCAAAAUCAAAAUACGACUGUCGCGGCUCAGUUAGAGAUAGAAAAUUCAUGCGAACUUAUUGUCGGAAAUUAUUUAUACGCAAUCGAUGAGCCGCAUGUAAGUCUCUACAAAGACAAUCAGACCUUUAUUGGACUACGAGUAACAAUGGAAGUAAAAAUGCCAUCUGUUAUAAGACGAUACCAUGAAGUCAAAGUUGAAUCAAGAGGACGUAUAAAUUUCGAUUCGUACGAAGUUCCUGAUUUGAACGACGUCAUCAUCGUUCGCGAAUAUUCAAAUAAUGAAAAUAGUUUCAGAUCUUUCCCGAGAAACAAGUUUUGUCAACAGGGAAUCGGAGAGGCUUAUCUCUGUCCAUUGGCUUCUUCAAAACCAGGAUUCGGGAUGUUUCAGUACAUGCGAAUCUCUCAAUCACCUUUUGAAUUCGGUCGCACACACUACCACACGAAUCGAGUCUGUAUAGAAUCGGGAAAGCAAUCUUUUGCUGUUAUAAAAAAGGAAGAAGGCAUUGAAAAAAUAAGAAGCCAAGAAUGCUUCCGUCACCUGAAGUACGAUAAAUCUUGUGAACGAUGCAAUCACGUUUGCGACGCGAGCGCUGUCGAAGACAUUAUAAAGGAUCUUUUAUCAAAUAAAAAGGGAUCGAAACAUUAUCGAAUACCCCACUUUAAGGUUCAAGACAGCAAGGAAAUCAUUUGGGUACCUCAAGGUUCCGAAACCGCUGUUAUGACUUACGAAGAAGCUGUUGAAUUUUGUUCUCAGAGCCUUAAAAAAAUGCAUGCUCAUCAUUUCGACAGAAAACUGUCGCACGAAAAACGCAUCAAAUGUAACGCCGGUGAAGUCGAGCUCGAUCGAAAUCAAAUUUAUGUUGAGUUCGAUUAUGGAAAAAGUUUUGGUAUACUGCCAUCAAGAAGAACCCAAGGACAGUUUCUGAAUAGUCAAACAGUUGCUAGCCUGACUUACGUUUUUUCUGCCUACGAUUUUGAUGAAGAAGAAUGGUUUAGAUACGUCUUCCACGGGCUAUCCUAUGAGAAAGAUAUAUCAAGCAUCAAGAUUCUUGAAGACCAAGCAUUCGAGAGAGCGGCUAGCCGGGGUGUUGACCUUACUGGUCGAAAAAUUCUUGCUGUCAGCGAUAAUUCUGGUGGCGAAUUUAAGGAAAGGGUCGACGAGAAAAAAUAA